GGCUACGGUGGCUCAGGCGCUAACUAGUGCUGCUACCCACCCACUGACUCUGCCCGGGCCUCUUUCAGGGCCCGACAAUCUUAUCUACACGUGAUGGUUUCAUUGGCUGCAGCCAGCUUUGCGUGCUGGGCGACGGCUUGCUUAGAAUAUUUUGCAGCCAAACUACACUCCGUCCCAACGACGUGCGAGCACACGACCACGGAAUCCGCCAACGCCGAGUAAUUUGGUCGAAAGCGAAUCCCAAAAUAAAAAAUGUCGUCCAUCACAAAAAGCCUGAGGCAAUUGCGUUGCCAACGGCCCAGCCUGGCCAAUCAAUUGGCCUCGUCGAGACAGCUGCCCCUGGCCAUCCGAACCAUCAGCAACACAUCGACAUCGACAUCGACAGCCGAUGCAGCGAAAAAGGACGCGCCAUCCGGUUCGAUGACACCUCUCCAGGCCGCUUUUGCUGCUCACCCAGCCCCCUUCAACAACCAGGUCGCUGUGCGCACCGUUCCCGCGACGCCAUCGUACUUUACUCGCCAGCCCGUCUUCAACGACCUGUUUAUCCAGCUCAACACCCUCCUCACAAAAUACCACCAUCUGCCUACGUCUGCCGCCGCCGAGCUGAACCCCGUUCCCUGGCUGAAGCUGCAGGACCUGCGCGAGCGCAUGGGCGAGCCCAUCAAGUCGUCGCAGUUCUCCAAGGUCAUGCGCAUCGCCAAGCGCCUGCAGAUGAUUGACGACUCCCUGCGCCCUGCCGAGGUCAACCUGGUUCUCGGAUCGUUCCAGCGCACGAUCGAUAGCCGUCUCAACAAGGCCAAGGCCGCUUACAUUGACAAGUUUGGUCGCGCUGUCGGCACCGGACGCAGAAAGGCCUCCAAGGCCCGCGCCUUUGUUGUCGAAGGUACCGGCGAGAUGCUCGUCAACGGAAAGCCUCUGAGCGAGGCCUUUGGCAGAGUGCAUGAUCGCGAGAGCGCUCUCUGGGCAUUGAAGGCCACGGAGCGCCUGGACAAGUACAAUGUCUGGGCCUUGGUUGAGGGUGGCGGUACCACAGGUCAAGCCGAGGCCAUCACACUGGCCGUGGCCAAGGGACUUCUCGCCCACGAGCCUGCACUGAAGCCUGCUCUGCGUAGCGCUGGUUGCGUCACCAGAGAUCCCAGAGCUGUGGAACGUAAGAAGCACGGCCACGUCAAGGCCCGUAAGAGCCCUACUUGGGUCAAGCGAUAAACGGUUGUUACGAAUUUCUUGUUGGACAGAUCUGUAUAACUGUACUAUUCGGGGUGUUCGAGGUCACACGACUGCCCCCUUGUAUCAUAUAUCCAUUUUGCAUCUAGUUAAUACACAGCGUCUCUUUCGAACGUGCCGCCGGCAUUUUCGUCAUAUCAAUCAUACUUCUACACACUUUUUUUCUCGGAUUGUUGUGAAUUUUGUUCGUCCAAAACUAUGGCCGGACAUUGUAAUAUAAUUCAUGUUGAUUGAUGUGCUAGUAGUUAUGCGGUGGCAUAUCCGAAGUUCAUUAUCAUAUACUGUGUCGGUUUCGCAAACAACGCGGCCAUCCUGUGACCACCACUCUGUAUGUAUCCAAAUGCUUUUCUUAAAAUUGAUCUGCACAAAAGAGUUAGCCGACAUUUCUCCCGUGAACCCACGCAUAAUGCCAAGCUUACCUAAAGUCAUGCUCAUGCUCACAUCGGUGUUCUCAACCAUCUUUGUAAACUCCUCAAAGCUAAUCUUGCCAUCGCCGUCCAAGUCCGCCUCCAUAAUGGUCUUGUCGACAAUCUGCUGCAGCUGCUGGUCCUUGAGGUUGUUUCCAACCAUCAUCUUGAGCACAAUGAAGAGCUCGCCAUUGCUAAUGUAGCCGUCACGGUCAAUGUCGUAAACCUUGAAUGCAAAUCGGAGCUUCUGCUCCUUGUUGCCCUUGCUGCUGAAAGCACUGAGGCCUGAUACAAAUUCUUGGAAAUCGACAUCGCCGCCGCCGUCUUCGUCGAAAAUGGCAAUCAUUCUGUUCAAAGUUAGUACGGCUCUAGAGCAGCAUCUUUUUUAGUUGGGUGUUCCUACCGAGUAGCCAGGGGAUUCGAAGAGAUUUGUGGCAAGCUAAGGAAUUCAUCACGCUCGAUGGUACCAGAGUUAUCCUACACACAGGGGCGUUAGUUAUAUGUUGGGCAUGCGGGACGAGUUGAUUGGGUGAGUCUCCGUACCUUGUCGAGCUUCAUGAAUCGCUUUCGUAAUCUGUCAACUUCUUCUCUGUUGACUAUAACCAAUUAGUAGUCUUCCUUGUCGUCAUGUCUGUCGGUACAUACAGUUGGAGCCCUGGACAAUGUCGUCCAGGACAGCGCUUGUCGCGUUACCCAUUUUGAUACAGACCGCCUUGCGUUAAUAUGUUCGGCAGAGCGAGUAUUGGUAUAUAUUGCGGUAAAUAUAUGUCUUCGUAUCACUGUAUCUCCAAGUCCCGGCCUCGAAAAUGCAGUGUUUUGGUUGAAGAUGGCGGCUAUCGGAAAGGUCACGCACCGUCGUCUGAGGGUUUGUGUUGGGCUUUGAGGUGG